AUGCCAGCUAAAGGUAAAUAUUUCUUCAACGAAAAUGACGACUGCAGGAUAUCAGACCCGCUCUAUGAGAAGUACUGCUAUACAAGCCAGCAGCAUCCGCUCCUGCUGUUGCUGCUCUUCAUUGCAAUCGUCUUCUGGACUACUCUAAUUAUAAUCUUUUUUGUCACUGAUGAGGCAUAUUAUCAUCUUGCCUUCAUUAUUGCAGUAUGUGCUGCUCUUGUCAUAUUUGCAGUCAUGUACUUACUUUUAUGCAUUGAAUCCCUGUUUCGGAGAUGGCUAACGUUAUUUGGAAUUAUGAUUUGGAUUUGCUUCUUAAUCAUAGGAUAUGUAUCCCUUUUUGAAAAAGAAAACGAUUAUCAGCUGUGGGAACAGGUUCCAUUCUUUCUAUUCAUAAUCUUCACAGUUUAUACCAUGCUACCCUUUGGGAUGAGAGGUGCUGUCAUAAUUAGUGUUCUUUCUGCUCUCUCCCAUAUUAUUGUUCUAAGCAUUGUGGUAAGCAUGACUUCUCAGGAAAAUAAGGAAUCCAUGCUGUUUCAGCUCCUUGCCAAUGCUGUCAUUUUUCUUUGUGGUAACUUGAUGGGUGCAUUUCACAAACGCCAAAUGCAGGUUGCUUCGUGGGAUUUGUAUAGAUACACAUUAAAGUGCAUUCAGGUCCGAAUGAAAUUGAAAAUUGAAAAGAGGCAACAAGAAAAUUUGCUUUUGUCCAUACUGCCAGCUCAUAUCUCUAUGGAAAUGAAGCUAGCAAUCAUAGAGCGACUAAAGGAGACUAAUGAUAAUAGACAAAUGCAUGACAACAACUUCCACAGUCUAUAUGUAAAAAGGCACCAAAAUGUUAGCAUUCUUUAUGCAGACAUCGUAGGAUUUACUCGCCUUGCCAGUGACUGCUCUCCUAAGGAGCUAGUAGUGAUGCUGAAUGAACUUUUUGGAAAGUUUGAUCAGAUUGCAAAGGAGAAUGAAUGCAUGAGAAUAAAAAUCCUGGGAGACUGUUACUACUGUGUCUCUGGCCUACCUGUGUCCUUACCGGUUCAUGCCAGGAACUGUGUUAAAAUGGGACUCGACAUGUGUGAAGCAAUAAAGCAAGUGAGAGAAGCCACAGGAGUGGAUAUCAACAUGAGGGUUGGUAUUCAUUCUGGGAACGUGCUGUGCGGCGUGAUCGGCCUCCGGAAGUGGCAGUAUGACGUCUGGUCGCACGAUGUGUCCCUGGCAAACCGCAUGGAGUCUGCGGGUGUACCUGGCCGUGUACACAUCACUGAAGCAACGUUAAAUCACCUAGGCAAAGCUUAUGAAGUAGAAGAAGGGAAUGGACACCUGAGGGAUCCUUACCUUGAAUCCAUGAAUAUCAAAACCUACUUAGUGGUCGAUCCAAGGUCCAAACAAUGCGUAUCAAAUAAUCAUCUGCCUAAAACAAGAGUUAAUGAUGGGCUGAAGAUGCGAGCAUCUGUUCGGAUGACACGUUAUUUGGAGUCCUGGGGAGCAGCCAGGCCCUUUGCCCACCUGAACCACAGAGAAAGUGUGAGCAGUGACUCUUCAGGCUCACAGGGAAGGCGAAGAAAGGAAAUACCUUUGUGUUCCACUGGGCGCCAGAGAACUUCUGAUAGAAAUUCAUCUCAGAAGGGAAGGAUAGAGGAAGAUAUUUAUGAUGAAAUGAUGUCAACCAUUGAGGGCCUCAGUUCAACUAACCCGUGGUGCGGCAAGUCAGAUGACUUCUGUGGAUUUUCACUGAUUUUUGCAGAACCUGGUCUUGAAAAAGAGUAUCGCACCAUUCCUAUUCCAAAACUGAAGAGUUACUUCGUGUGUGCCAGUUUUGUGUUCCUCUGUAUAUUUCUGAUACAGAUGUUUAUAAUGCCAAAAACUGCAAAACUAGGAAUAUCCUUUGGCAUUGUUGCAGUCAUCAUUGCACUUAUUUUGUUUGUCUGCUUUGCUGAGAAAUGUAUGAAGUGCUGCUCAGAGCGGUGGCCUUUCCUGCGCCAUCUCUGUGCUGUUUCAGAAAAGGUGGAAGCGAUGCCUUUACUGAGGCUCCCGUUGGCAGUCAUCACUAUAGGUGCCUUGCUGAUUAUAGCCAUUUUUAAUUUGACUACUGAAAAGAACAAACCUGCAAACUUCACUGGAUCAAAUGACCUGUGUGCUACCACCUAUCCUUUUGGAAACGCGACUCAGUCCUGCGUUGAGGAAACUUAUUAUGCUUACUGCUGCAUAUUGGGGUUCAUUGCUUGCUCAGUAUUUCUUCAGAUGAGCUUCGAACUCAAAGUUCUCCUCCUGUCCAUUGCAGUGACUGUAUACCUCGUCAUUUUCAAUACCCUUCAGCACAGAAACUUGAGCUCCUAUGGCAACAGUACCAGGCUUUUCAUCAAAGAGCCAAGGAUAAUGACUAAUUUAUAUCUGGUUCUGUUUUACAUAACCCUAAUUUUACUUGCAAAACAGAUUGACUAUUACUGUCGGCUGGAUUGUCUGUGGAAGAAUAAGUUUAAAAAAGAACAUGAACAGUUUGAAACGAUGGAGAACGUUAACAGGCUUUUGCUGGAAAAUGUACUUCCAGCACAUGUUGCUGCUUAUUUCAUUGGUGAAAAACGAAAUGAGGACUGGUACCAUCAAUCUUACGACUGUGUCUGUGUCAUGUUUGCAUCGGUACCAGAUUUUAAGGUGUUUUAUACUGAAUGUGAUGUCAAUAAAGAAGGCCUCGAGUGCUUGCGGCUGUUAAAUGAAAUCAUUGCUGAUUUUGAUGAGCUCUUGUUAAAGCCUAAAUUUAGUGGUGUUGAAAAAAUAAAAACCAUUGGAAGCACUUACAUGGCAGCAGCUGGUCUCAGUGUUACACCAGGCCAAGAGAACAACCAGGACAAGGAGAGACAGCAUGCUCACAUUGGGAUUAUGGUGGAAUAUGGAAUUGCCUUGAUGAGUAAACUGGAUGGCAUCAACCGACAUUCCUUCAACAAUUUCCGCUUACGUAUUGGGAUAAAUCAUGGCCCUGUGAUUGCUGGUGUGAUUGGUGCCCGGAAGCCUCAGUAUGAUAUCUGGGGCAACACUGUGAAUGUUGCUAGCCGAAUGGAGAGUACGGGGGAACUUGGGAGAAUCCAGGUCACAGAAGAAACGAGUAAAAUUCUCCAGGAGUUGGGAUAUUCAUGUGAAUGUAGGGGCCUCAUUAAUGUCAAAGGCAAGGGAGAACUGAGGACUUACUUUGUUUGCACUGAAACUGCCAAAUUCCAAGGUAUGGGACUGAACUGA